UGUUUCUUUUUUAAAGGCCAUCCAUGGCCUGGCGAGAGAGAGAGAGAGAGCAAGAACCAGAAAAGAAGAUAGCAGGAAGGCUUACAGAUAUGGAAGAGACGUCGACAGUAGAGCACAUUAAUGGUUUCUCGACCAUUGCCAAUUCAGUUAUCCAUCGUUGUUGCAAGAUUUUGCUCAUUUCAACUGAUAAGUUGCUGCAGGAUUUUGAGAAUGAACUUCCUGACUGUGUCAAAUUUAAUUCAAAAUAUGUUCGGAAUAUCAUAGAAUUUUGCUCUUAUAAGACCCUUCAUAUGAUCAUUAAACAACCAGAUCUUCUUGGCGACAAAGCGAUUAGACACUUAAUGUUUGAGAUGAUGCUUGCAUGGGAAACGCCGGACACAAAGAGUGAAGCAUUACUACAAGAAUCCUCUUUCCUUAAGCAUCCAAGAAUUGAGGAGGAAGAUGGUGGAUCAUUUUUCUAUAUAAGUGCUACAAGCAUGGCCGUCCAGGUGGAUUACAAAAAUACUGUUGGCUUAGAAGCCUUUGCCAAAAUAGCUCCUGCUUGUCCUGCAAUAGCCGAUUCAAUCACUGUCCACAAUCUUUUUGAUGCACUAACAAGCUCUUCUGGUAGGCAACUACAUUUACUGAUAUAUGACAAGUAUCUCAAAUGCCUAAACAAAGUGCUCAAUUCUGCACGAUGUCUCACAGGACCAACAUCAAUUUCAUCUCUUCAACUCGCUCAAGAAGAAAUUAUAUUAGAUUUUGAUGGCACAGUGCCCACUAAUUUAGUUCUGCAACAUAUUGGAAUGUCCACAUCACCUGGAAGGUUAACAUUGACCAACCGUGCUCUUUACUUUGAGCGAUUUGGGGUUGGUUCAUAUGAGAAAGCUAUUAAGUAUGACUUGGCAAACGAUUUCAAGCAGGUGGUAAAACGUGAACUGACUGGGCCAUGGGGAGCUCAUCUCUUUGAUAAUGCUGUGAUGUACAAAGCAAGCUCUCUAACAGAGCCUAUCUUUUUCGAGUUUCCUCAAAUCAUUGGGCAUUCAAGAAGAGAUUACUGGCUAGCAAUCAUCCGGGAAGUUUUAUAUGCUCAUAGAUUUAUUAGAAAAUUCAAUCUCAAACAGUUUCAAAGGGAAGAAGCUCUUUCAAUGGCCAUUUUAGGCAUUUUCAGAUUUCGUGUUACAAAAGAUAAUUUUCAUGUUAUUCCCUCGCAAUUUAGGACUACACUCUUGUUUAACUUAGCAGAAAAACUUCCAAAAGGAGACAAGAUAUUAGAAGCUUUGUAUAAUCAUUUGGAACUUUUGUUUGCUCGAUCUCAUGACUGUGAUGCCAUUGAGGAUUCACAUAAUGGUCCAUUCCCAUUCACUUUGUAUGCGCUCUGUAAAUUGGGAUUUAAGUUAUUACGGAGCGAACAAUGGCCCGAAGAAAGAGAGAAUUUACACAGGGAUGUUCAUGUGGGUGAGAUAAGUUCAUUACAAAAGGCUGUCAAGAAAACAAUUCUGUAUUCUGGCAGGGCUGAGGCUGCACAAGCAACAUUGGAUCAGGUUAAAAUGGAAGAUAUUGAUACUAAUUUAGCUGUGAUAAAGGAAUUACUUUUUCCAGUGUUUGAAUUAGGCAAGUGGCUCUAUUCUUUAACAGAAUGGCAGGACAACUUAAAGUCAACUUUGUUUUUGCUUUUCAUCUUAUAUAUUAUGUACAGAGGUUGGAUUUGGCACAUAUGGCCCGGGGUUUUCUCAUCCCUUUCAUUGGUUAUGCUGUGGAACAAGUAUUACAGAAAGGGGAGACAAAUUGAAGCAUUUAGAAUCGCAAUACCUCCUAAUAGAAGCACAGUUGAACUGCUUCUGACACUACAGGAAACUAUUUCACAGUUGGAAACGUGCGUCCAAACAGGGUGCAUAGUUCUUCUCAAGCUGAGAGCUAUUCUAUUGGCAGCAUUUCCCCAGAGCACGAACAAAGUGGCGUAUACAUUGAUAGCAAUUGCUGUAAUAUUCAUGACUGUGCCCAUGAGGCACUUGGUCAUGAUGCUGUUGCUUGAAUUUUAUACGAGAGAGAUGCCGCUGAGGAAGAAGAGCAGUGAGAAGCUGAUAAGAAGAAUAAGGGAGUGGUGGGUGCGCAUUCCGGCAGCGCCUGUUCAUCUCAUCAAACCUCCACUUGCCAGGAAAUCAAAGCCAAGCAAAACUACUUCAAACUAGCUUUCUUUGGCUAUAUAUGUUUCCUUAAAUAUAUAAUAUAUAGCCAUUUAUGGACAUCUUUAGCAACUGCUGCUUCUAUCAAAUUGUAUAUGAGUGAUGUGCAGUUGCAGAAGUAAAGAAGAUCAGUGAAAAACACUUUUAAGUUC